CAGUGGGGGCGAAGGCCAUGGAGGAGCCCGGGGGCCCGGGUCCGGAGCCGGUGCGGCGUCUGCUGGCCAUCUACACGGGGGGCACCAUCGGCAUGCGGAGCCAGAGGGGCGUGCUCAUCCCCGGACAGAAUUUGGUUGCAGCUCUGAGGAAGCUUCCGAUGUUCCACGAUGAAGAAUUCAGCCGGGGCCACGACCUCCCAGCAGACACGCUGGCUCUGCCCCUCACCAGCCAAAACAAGAGGAUCGUAUACACCGUCUUGGAGUGCCGGCCUCUCUUCGACUCAAGCGAUAUGACCAUCGAAGAGUGGACGAAGAUUGCCAAGGACAUCGAGGCCAACUACGACACCUAUCAUGGCUUCGUCGUCAUUCACGGUACCGACACCAUGGCCUUUGCCACAUCCAUGCUCUCCUUCAUGCUGGGGAAUCUCCAGAAAACCGUCAUCCUAACCGGAGCCCAGGUCCCCAUCCACGCGCUGUGGAACGACGGGAGGGAAAAUCUGCUGGGGAGCCUGCUCAUGGCCGGGCAGUUCGUCAUCCCGGAGGUGUGCCUGUUUUUCCAGAAUCAGCUGUUCAGGGGAAACAGGGUGACGAAGGUGGACUCCAGGAAAUUUGCAGCUUUCUGCUCCCCGAACCUGCCUCCACUGGCUCUGAUCGGAGCGGAUAUCACAAUUAACUACGAGCUGAUGAUGAGACCAAACCUGAAGAAGCAGCUCCUGGUCCACACCAACAUGGAGAGGAAUGUCGGGGUGCUGAGGCUGUACCCCGGAAUCACCGCCGCCAUGGUGAAAGGCUUCCUUCAGCCCCCGAUGCAGGGCAUGGUGAUGGAGACGUUCGGCACGGGGAACGGGCCGACCGCCGGGGACCUGCUGCGGGAGCUGAAGGACGCCACGGAGCGCGGCAUGAUCAUCAUCAACUGUACCCACUGCCUCCAGGGACACGUCACCUCGGACUACGCUGCUGGCCUGGCGAUUGCUGGCACCGGCAUCAUCUCUGGGUCAGACAUGACCUCUGAGGCUGCCCUGGCGAAGCUCUCCUACGUCCUGGGCCGCGCUGACCUCAACCUGGAGGGCAAGAAGGAGCUACUGAGGAAGAACCUGAGAGGGGAGAUGACGCCGUUGCCCGAGGACUACAGGAUCUCCCUGCGGGACAGCAAGUUCGUGCAGGUGGUGGCCAAGUACCUCGGCCUCAGCAACAGUCAGGAACUCGAUGCUGUCCGAGAUGCCCUCACGCCCUCUCUGGCCUGUGCCGCGGCCAGGACAGGUGACCUUGAGGCUCUGGACGCCAUCCUGGACAUGGGGGGAGACCUGAGCCAGGGGGACUUUGAUGGACGUACUCCCCUGCACGUGGCUGCCCGUGAAGGGCACCUGGAAACUGUGCAGAGGCUGCUCCGUCACGGGGCCCGAGUCGGAGCCGCGGACCGGGACGGGGCCAGUCCCCUGCUGGCAGCGGUCAAGGGCAGGCACCUGGACGUGAUCGAUGCGCUGCGAGCUGCUGGGGCCGAGCUUUCACCGCAGGAGCUGCAAGGAGUUGGCACAGAACUCUGCAGGCUGGCUGCGAAUGGAGACGUAGACGGGCUGAUGGUGUGGCGGCAAGCCGGGGCGGAUUGGGCUGAGGUGGGCUACACCGGCCAGAGCCCCUUGCAAGUGGCAGAGGCGGCCGGGAAGCAGGAGGUGGUCAACGUUUUAAGGACUCUGGGUGACAGAGGACAGCCAUGAAGGUGGCCAGUCUUGUGGAGGGGAAGUCAUGCCUGAGGAGGAGUCUGGGUCAGGAACCUCCUGGGAGAAGCCAAACGAUGGGUGAAUGUCCUGGGAUGUCACUGUGCCUCGCACAACACGGGGAUUGAUUGGGUCCUUAUCACAGGUGGUAUCCCAAGAAGGGUCACUGCUCCAGCCCCUCAAUCGGGGAAAGCUGGGACAGGAACAUUUCGGCAGGGGGCGGGGGACAGUGAGAACUCUGUGGACGUCACAUAGGGACAACCGAGAAUCAGGUAGGGAGAAGGCUAGCUAUUGUGGCUCUGGGUUGGACUGAACCUUACCCACUCAGGGUAAAAUGGCAUCCCCCCGCUUCUCCAGAGUCCCCAUCCUUGCCCUUGGGAAAGAUCCACUUCCCAAUAUCAGCCCUUGAGCAAUGCCAUCCCCACAGCAGCCCCACAGUCUGUGGGACUCUGAAUCCAUGGGUGGGGUGACUCUAGAACACUUGAAGAAACUAUGUGCCGGUUUGCCCCUCUAGACAACCCAACCCCACGGUCGGCACCAUGGACGGUCCAACUCCCCUAACUCUCCCCUCUCCAUCUCUGACCUUCCCUCCAGUUACCCAGCAUAGACCAUCCAAAACCCCUAGCUCUCCCCUCCCCAUCUCUGACUCUCCCUCCAGUGAUCCGGCAUGGAGCACUUGUACAUGGGUCAUGCAGGUCUCUCUAUCUGCUCAGCUUCCUGUGCGAACAGAUUUCCCGUGCUCGCCCUCACUGGAGGAAGAAAUGUUUAUUUGAACCAGUGGUGCUCUUGGUCCAUGGGGAGUGGGAUUUGGGGAACAGCAAUCCCAUUAGCACCUUGUACACACCAUUCGUGAUUCUCUAAAUUCCUGCCUGUACCUCUCCAGAAGACAAGUUUUUAUAAUCUGACCUAGCUCCCUUCUGCUGCAUUCCUUUUUCAUCUCACCCUCAGGAGCAUCGCCCUGCCGGUCCCCUUGCCCUUCCUCUCCCACGGGAGCUGCUGUAACCUAUGUGUCAGCUCUUCUUUGCCUUGGGUUCGCUCUGCUCUGGCAAUAAAAUGGAAAUGAAAAUUGGCCUGUAUCCAUGCUUAGAAAGCUGCUGGCUUAACAGCAGUUGGUUCAUUGUUGACUGAGUUAAACAGACCUUUUCCACCAA